AUUUGCAACAAAAUGUAUCCUAUAGUGAAUGAACAUGAUGAGGUAUAUCCAGCUCAUCAUAGCCAUCCAAACUAUGUUAUACCAGUGGUGCCUCCAAGUUAUGGCACUCCACAACCAAUACAACCUUAUGCUCCUCCAUACAUCACCACCAGUGGCAGUGUCAACACACACAGAUGGUCAACUGGUCUUUGCCGUUGUCUUGAUGAUCCUGGAAGCUGUUUCGUCACUUGCUUCUGCCCUUGCGUUACAUUUGGAUUGAUUGCUGAGAUAAUAGAUAAAGGCAAUACAACUUGCACUUGUCAUGGGGCUAUUUAUGGGACGCUACUAUCUCUGACUGGGCUUGCAUGCUUGUAUUCGUGCUAUUAUCGGUCCAAAUUGAGGGCACAAUAUAACUUACCAGAGGCUCCUUGUAUGGACUGUUUAGUUCAUUUCUGUUGUGAAACUUGUGCUCUAUGUCAAGAGUAUAGAGAGCUUAAAAACCGGGGAUUUGACUUGAGCAUAGGUAAUAUCUCUAAUUUGUGA